AUGGUUGAUAGGAUUAGUGGUCUUCCUGAUGCUAUUCUUAGCCACAUUUUGUCAUAUCUCCCCACAAAAUUAGCAGCGGCCACCUCAGUUCUACUUCUAUCCACCACAUGGGCGGACAUUUUCGCUUCAGUUCCUAAUAUCGACCUUCAGUACUGGGGAAUAACUCUUGAACAUGUGCGCUUCACCAUGUUUAUAAACUUUGGCCUGAGAGUUAUUCUCCUCAGAAAGCUUGACAUUUCUCUCAUGGGCGCAGUUGGUAACCGUUUUUCUCUCCAAGGAAUAAGAAUAUUCUCUUCCAACACCAUGGUUGAUCUCAAAGUUAACUGGCCGCUUCUAUCUGGACUUGAAUCUGCCAACUUCGGGUUAUUCCUUGCCAAAACUCAAGGUGCUACUCUUGAUGGGAUGGAGAUUAGGAGACGAGGGUUGUGUGCAGAGGCUUAUUCAGGGCUCCCCUCGGCUUGA